AGUCAUGUUCACCACGACACACAGGGAGUCCUUCAGGAGCAGAAAUCUGGGCAGCAAGCCUUCCCCGGGUGCUCUUCCCUGACCGGCUCCUUUAAUGAUGUUCGGCACUGCUUCUGUCUUCCCUGCUGUCAUCUUAAGCAAAAUUUACAAAGAAAAGUAUAGAUUAUUAUAGAUCAAUUAUGGUAAGGUUUUGUCGUUUGUUUUUUUGUAUCUGUAUGUUGCCAUCAUGACACCAUAGGUUGACGGUAUGGUGUCAUGAUGGCAACAGGAUGCUGUCAGCACGGGUAUCCUCCAUCUCCUAAAAGAAAGUACCCAGGUGGUAAGUACAGAGCCUGUUUAUACAUGGGUGAUCUACGCAGGACAAGCGCAUCAUGCACAGAUCCUGGAUUGCCAAUGUGCUAUGCAAGUGGCAUAGCAAAAAUGUCUGCAGUCACGCUGUAGGAGGCGCCACAAGCAAGCCAGUAGACUGUCACCAGUACUUCCACUUUAUGGCUCCAUGGGCAUUCUCGCCUAAAAAUAACUCUAAACAUUGUUUUAGCACACAGCAGUUUUUUUACUAUUUUGAAAACGUACAGGUGAUUACAGUUAUGUAUCUUCUCCUCCUGCAUUACGCUGAUGCGAGGUGCAUUCUGGGUUAUCGGGCUGUAAGAAGUCCACACAAGUCACCUUCCACGCAUCCUCGAUAAAGUGGGAGGAGCAAGAACACAUCCGGGUAUUAGUUAUGCACUUGGCUAACUGCGAUCUUCUAAUAGAAACAUGCUUGGGCUGCAGCUGAUGACGUUUCCCGAGUCCACAAGAACAGUAAAGAACGCGAGAAACGGCCCUUGAGUGCUGUUGUCAUGGCUACUAAGGACGCCACUUCCGUGAGCUCAGUGUAAACCGAACAUUAUUAUCUUCAGCGUUUGUGUACCGUUGGGGUGAAAUGGCUUCUUACACACAGAAGACAAGUACCGAUGAUUCAGUGCAGAUAGUUUUAAUCGGCAAUUCUGGUUCUGGUAAAAGCUGCUCUGGAAACACAAUACUCAACAAGAAACACUUCUUAUCAGAUGCAUCUGAAAAGUCAGUCACUCUGAGAUGCCAAAUUGAAACUGAAAUAAUCAACGGCAGGACGGUUACUGUAGUGGAUACUCCAGGCUGGGACUGCACAGAACGUUCCCUGCAAGAAGUCGAGAGAGAAAUACAGCAGGUUCUGCAGACUCUCAAUGGACCAUACUCCUUCCUCCUGGUCAUAAGGGUUGGUCUUGUGGAAGUUGAAGAAAUUAAUAAAAUCUACAGACUCAAAAAAGUCCUUGGUUCUUCAUAUCUAGAACACACCACCAUCCUGUUUUCCCACAAUGAUAAUCUUGAAUUUAAAACCUUUGAGCAAUUUAUCAGGGAAGGAGGAAAAGAGUUUCAAGGCCUGUUACGGAGUGUUGGUCACAGAUGCCACUCCUGGAACAACAGAGACGAGAGAUCUGAUGAAGACGUGGAGAAAGUCCUGGAAAACCUGAAAAACACAGAGAUUAAAAAAACGCUCGAAAUCCCCCCCAAGGAGACUGGAAGCUGUGGAAAGAGGUUCAGAAAGGAAGAAACUCUUUCCAUUGAUGCCCAAAUAUGCCGAAACACUGUCCGAGUUUUAUUCCUUGGAAUGACAAAGGGGGGAAAAACCUCAAGUAUCAGGACUCUCCAAAAACACAGAGAACAAACUGAAAACAAGAAUGUCUACAAAUAUGUUGUGACUGGGCUUAGUCUGCAGCUCAUAGACUCUCCAGGCUUUGAUGAAAAUCCAGAAGAAAUCCAGAAGAUCAUCUGCGAAUCUGUGUCCACUUAUAAACCCCAUGUCAUGAUGAUUGUGAUGAACUUUGACCGCUUCACUCCAGCAAAAAAAAGAAUCAUGCAGCACGUUCAGGACUGUCUGGGCCGAAAUGCCGCUAAACACACAAUGUUCCUUUUCACAGGAAAAGAUGAUCUGGAAGGAGAACAGAUUGAUAGAGUCAUUCAAGAGAAUACAGAUGUCUGUAACCUCGUGAGCUGGAAUGGGAACAGAUUUCACGCACUGAAUAACAGAGAUGUCAGAGAUCGGAGACAAGUGGAGGAACUGCUGCAGAAGAUUGCUUUCAUGCACAAGAAAAAUAGAGGAGAAUUCUACAAAUUAGAGAAAUAUCCAGGAUCAGUGGGUGAGAAAGGAACAUUAUUAUCUUCAGCGAUUGUGUACCAUUGGGAUGAAAUGGCUUCUUACACACAGAAGACGAGUACUGAUGCUUCAGUACAGAUAGUUUUAAUCGGCAAUUCUGGUUCUGGUAAAAGCUGCUUUGGAAACACAAUACUCAACAAGAAACACUUCUUAUCAGAUGCAUCUGGAAAGUCAGUCACUCUGAGAUGCCAAAUUGAAACUGAAAUAAUCAACGGCAGGAUGGUUACUGUAGUGGAUACUCCAGGCUGGGACUGCACAGAACGUUCCCUGCAAGAAGUCGAGAGAGAAAUACAGCAGAUUCUGCAGACUCUCAAUGGACCAUACUCCUUCCUCCUGGUCAUAAGGGUUGGUGUUGUGAAAGCUGAAGAAAUUCAUCAAAUCUACAGACUCAGAAAAGUCCUUGGUUCUUUAUAUCUAGAACACACCACCAUCCUGUUUACCCACAGUGAUGACCUCGAGUGUAAAACCUUUGAGGAAUUUCUCAGGGAAGGAGGAAAAGAGUUUCAAGAGCUGUUAAGGAGUGUCGGUCACAGAUGCCACUCCUGGAACAACAGAAACGAGAGAUCUGAUGAAGACGUGGAGAAAGUCCUGGAACACCUGAAAAACACAGAGAUUAAAAAACAGCUCGAAAUCCCCCCCAAGGAGACUGGAAGCUGUGGAAAGAGGUUCCACAAAGGAACAUUAUUAUCUUCAGCGUUUGUGUACCGUUGGGGUGAAAUGGCUUCUUACACACAGAAGACAAGUACCGAUGAUUCAGUGCAGAUAGUUUUAAUCGGCAAUUCUGGUUCUGGUAAAAGCUGCUCUGGAAACACAAUACUCAACAAGAAACACUUCUUAUCAGAUGCAUCUGGAAAGUCAGUCACUCUGAGAUGCCAAAUUGAAACUGAAAUAAUCAACGGCAGGACGGUUACUGUAGUGGAUACUCCAGGCUGGGACUGCACAGAACGUUCCCUGCAAGAAGUCGAGAGAGAAAUACAGCAGGUUCUGCAGACUCUCAAUGGACCAUACUCCUUCCUCCUGGUCAUAAGGGUUGGUCUUGUGAAAGUUGAAGAAAUUAAUAAAAUCUACAGACUCAAAAAAGUCCUUGGUUCUUCAUAUCUAGAACACACCACCAUCCUGUUUACCCACAGUGAUGACCUCGAGUGUAAAACCUUUGAGCAAUUUCUCAGUGAAGGAGGAAAAGAGUUUCAAGAGCUGUUAAGGAGUGUCGGUCACAGAUGCCACUCCUGGAACAACAGAAACGAGAGAUCUGAUGAAGACGUGGAGAAAGUCCUGGAAAACCUGAUAAAGACAGAGAUUAAAAAACAGCUCGAAAUCCCCCCCAAGGAGACUGGAAGCUGUGGAAAGAGGUUCAGAAAGGAAGAAACUCUUUCCAUUGAUGCCCAAACAUGCCGAAACACUGUCCGAGUUUUAUUCCUUGGAAUGACAAAGGGGGGAAAAACCUCAAGUAUCAGGAAUCUCCAAAAACACGGAGAACAAACUGAAAACAAGGAUGUCUACAAAUACGUUGCACCUGAGCUUAGUCUGCAGCUCAUAGACUCUCUAGGCUUUGAUAAAAAUCCAGAGGAAAUCCAGAAGAUCAUCUGCAAAUCUGUGUCCACUUAUAAACCCCAUGUCAUGAUGAUUGUGAUGAACCUUGGCCGCUUCACUCCAGCAAAAAAAAGAAUCAUGCAGCACGUUCAGGACUGUCUGGGGCGAAAUGCCGCUAAAAAUGCAUUGAUCCUUUUCACAGGUACAGAUAAUCUGGAAGGAAAAUCAUUUGAUUGUUUCAUUCAAGAGAAUGCAGACCUCCGUGAACUCGUGAGCAAGAAUCGAAACAGAGUUCACGCACUGAAUAACAGAGAUGCCAGAGAUCGGAGACAAGUGGAGGAACUGCUGCAGAAGAUUGCUUUCAUGCACGAGGAAAAUAGAGGAGAAUUCUACAAUAUAGAGAAACGUCCAGGAUCAGUCGACGAGAAAGGUUAA